AUGAUCAGACGCCAGGCCACUUUCGGCAACGACUGGAUCGUUGACUGCAUUGACACCUGCUCUGCUCUUGGUAACUGCGUUGGUACCUCGUACAACUCUGUCCAGGGUACUUGCACUUUCUACAGCUCUGUUGACGGUCUCGUUGCCGAUGCCAACACCGAUUCUGCUAUCCUCGUCAACGAGGCUGGCGAUGUUCCCUCCGCUACUCCCGUUGUUUCUACCGUAACUUCCACUGCCAACGGUGUUCUUACUACCAUCACAACCACCCCUAUGACCACCUCGACCGUCUACUCCACCACUACCCGUACCAUCCAGUCUUGCGCUCCCGGUGUUCCUUGCGCUGGAGCCCAAACCGUCACUGAGGUUGUCGUCGCUUAUACCACUGUCUGCCCCGUCUCUGCUGUUCCUACUGGUGUCGCUACCGGCGGCGCUGGUGCCACCAUCACCAAGGUCUGCACUGCAUGCGCAUACCAGCCUACUGUGGUCACCGUCUACCAGUGCCCCACCGCUCCUGGUGCUCCCGGUGCUGGCAAGCCUACCGCUGUCACCACCAAGACCAUCUCCGUCCCCGUCCUUAACGGCCCCACCGGCGCUUUGAUGACCUCCACCGUCUACCAGACCCAGGAGCACGUCACCACCACCUGUGGCGCCAACGGAUGCGGCAAGGCUACCGUUACCGCCGUGGUCAGCCUCUACACCACUGUCUGCCCCGUCAGCUCUGGAGCUUCUACUCCCGCUGCUAGCAACCCUGGAUCUUCGGCACCUGCUCCUUCAUCAUCUGAGGCUGUCUACGUUCCCGGCACCACCAAGCCCGCUACCACUGAGACUCACCCCGCCUCGACUGUUCCCGGAACCACCAACGAGGCCACCACCGUCCAGCCCUCCACCAAGGCUGCUACCACCGAGACCAAGCCCGCCACCACCGUCAAGGCUUCUUCUUCCAUCGUCCAGUACAACCCCUCGAGCACCACCUCCGGUGUUGUUCAGUACACCGGUGCUGCCGUCAAGAACGGCAUGGGCUUCGCCGCCGUCGCCGCCGGUGUUGCUGCCCUCGUCCUCUAA